CUGUAAGUUGCAGGUUAAAGCUGGAAAACUUCUAGUUUGAAGCUUAUUGGAUUGUGAUUCUGCAGCGGAGGACUUCCCACAUCAAAAGCUGCUGCUGCCCGCAGAAACCGCCGGGGAGCUCUGUGAGGACCCUGUGAUUUCUCGUGUAGUGGAUCUCAGAUCCCAGAUCUCCUCCACUGAAGAUCUGUCACUUCAGGCCCGUUUGUGAAUACACAUCUCGAAGAUGAGAGGUGUCUCCUCUCUCUGUCCUCCUCUUGGUCGAAUGUGGAUGGAUGUGGCGUCGUGAGGAGGCACUAGCCUGAGGACAGUUUGGAGUUUUUUGCCCACACAUUCUUCACCUCAUGCAGUUCCUUCGGCCGGCCUGGGCUCUGACUGCCGCCGCGGUCUGCUUCCUGCUCCUAUUGCUCCUCCACAGCCAAAUCCUGAGGGAAGGCCAGCUGGUAGCAGGGACCUGUGAGAUUGUGACUCUGGACCGUGACAGCAGCCAGCCCAGGAGGACCAUCGCACGGCAGACAGCUCGCUGCGCCUGCAAGAAGGGACGGAUUGCUGGUACGACGAGAGCCAGACCAGCCUGUGUGGAUGUUCGUAUCAUCACGAGUCGACAGUGGUGUGAGAUGACUCCGUGCUUAGAGGAUGAAGGCUGUAAUCUCCUGGUCAAUCAGUCAGGCUGGACCUGUACUCAACCAGGAGGCAGAGUGAAAACCACCACGGUGAGAAAACAAGCUUAG